AUAUUAAUAUACGGUAUACUAUAAUUUGUAUUAAAUAUGAUAUGUUAAAAUCAUAAAUUAAUUAUAUAUAAUAUUAACAAUUUAAACAUUCAAUUCAUAUUUUAACAAUAAUCUUACUUUUAUUAUAUUAUUUAAUUAACAUUAUUUUAUGAAAAAUGGCGAUCCACUGUUAGAAGAAAUGAAAAAAAUCCAACAAAACGAGCAUGAAAAUAAGUGCCGUAUUCAGCAUAUUAGGAAUGUGUUAAAGGACCCAGUUAGAAUGAAACAGUUCCUGGAUAACACGGGCUCUCACCAGUUGGCUAAUGAAUUAGUGGAAAUGUUCAUAAUGGACAAUAAUAUGGAUGACAUGAUUUUCACAUUUGUUAAUAUGAUUGACCUUGGUCAGAUGAGCACUACAGGGGAUCCAUUAUUAGAUGAAAUGAAAAAAAUCCAACAAAACGAGCAUGAAAAUAAGUGUCGUAUUCAGCAUAUUAGGAGAGUACUGAAUGAUCCAGGUCGAUUUAUACAGCUUCUGGAUAUCACGGGCUCUCACCAGUUAGCUAAUGAAUUAGUGGAAAUGUUCAUAAUGGACUACCCCUGGCCAUAUCGCAUAGACCUGGCUGUAUUACCAGUAGUACGGGCAUCGGAAUUGAGAUCAGGGAACAUCCGCUAUUUUUUCAUGGACUCCAGUCCCAGGGGUCAGGCCAUUGUGUUUAUUUGCGCCGAUGGACUGGACAGGGAGGCGGACAGAUGGGAGUCCAUUUUGGGACAGUUAGGCAUCGAGCAGGACGUCUACAGAAAAGCCAAGUGCUCGCAGAUAAGGGAUGUGCUGUUGGGAGUGUCGGGUCAACCCUUCGACGCCGACGCCCUGUUUGUGAUGUUUAUCGGCGGCCGAUAUGACGAGAAAAUUGACGGAUACGGAGGCAAUGAGAUGUGGAUCACAGAUAUUGUGGACAUAUUUUCCGACACUAAU